AUCAACUAAUCAACUGUCUGCCUUAACUGACACGUGGAUUCUUGGGGGUCUAUAUAUCAGUACCACCAUCUCCCAUAUCUCUCUCACACCCAAGGCCGAGUAGUUAUCUUGUUGUCAGCUCUUGGUCCUCCUGAAUUGUGCGUGCUAUUGGAAGUUAGAAACCCUUACUCUUGAAUUUCUUUUCUUGGCGAUUUCAAUUGUUUUAGUUAUUUGAAAGAAAGGGUUCUAAGAGCAACAAGAAACAUGGCAGAUGAUAGCACAGCUACCUGUGUAGAUAUCCUCUUAGCCAUAAUCUUGCCUCCUCUUGGAGUCUUCCUCAAGUAUGGUUGCGAGGUGGAGUUUUGGAUCUGUCUUGUACUGACCCUCUUUGGCUACAUCCCUGGUAUCAUUUAUGCUGUCUAUGCCAUCACCAAGAAGUGAUCCAAUUCCAUCUUCUGCAACUGUGGAGACGCAAUGAAGAGGUGUAAGGUGGUGAUUGGGUGUAGGAUUCUUGCUUCGAUGUGUGUCGGUUGUGCCAUUCUUACUGUUUUUAUUUCAAUAUUUUGCUUGUGAAGUUGAUGUAAAGCUGUUUGAUUUCAUGAUUAUGAUCAUAAAUGGAGAUUGUCACGUUGUGAUAGUUGUAUGUCUCCAAAGGAAUGAUGAUGUAGUCCAUAGAUAAUAUGUGGAUUGUUUGUUAUUCAUCUAAUUAUUUAUGGAGUUAAUGACUUUUAUCAAUGUGAUGUGAAACCAUUAUUUCGCUUCUUCAA